AUGAGAAUUUUAAUGACUUGUUUUCUCUGCUUUGCAAUUCCAGUGUUGAUGCAUUACAUGCUCUCAGCAACAAACGCUCUUUCUUUGAGUUCAUACACCGAUGAACUUGCUUUGCUAGCUUUGAAGGAAAAGCUUACAAACAGUGUGCCUGAUUCUCUACCAUCAUGGAAUCAGUCUUUGCAUUUGUGUGAAUGGCAGGGUGUCACAUGUGGCCGUCGUCACAUGAGAGUAUCUGUCUUGCAUUUGGAGAACCAAACUUUGGGUGGCACUCUUGGUCCAUCCUUAGGAAAUCUCACAUUUCUCAGAAUACUCAAACUUACCAACAUUAGUUUGCAUGGUGAAAUUCCAAAACAAGUUGGUCGAUUGAAGCGAUUGCGAAAGCUUUCCUUAAGCAACAACAAACUUGAAGGAGAAUUUCCUAUGGAGCUGUCCAACUGCACAAAUCUACAUGUAAUUGAAUUGUAUCACAAUCACCUCACUGGAAGAGUCCCUUCAUGGUUUGGAUCAAUGCAACUUAUUUUGUUAAACCUUGGUAUCAAUAAUCUAGUUGGCACUAUUCCACCUUCCUUGGGAAAUAUAACAUUUCUCAAUGUUUUAUUUCUUUCAUGGAAUCACCUGGCAGGAAACAUACCUCAUGCUUUUGGUAAGUUGUCGGAAUUGAAAAUAUUGGCUCUGAAUUCAAAUAAUUUGUCAGGUGAAGUCCCUCAUUCUCUUUAUAAUCUAUCAAAUAUUCAAAAUUUUGAUCUUGGGGAAAACAACUUAUUUGGUAGUCUACCAUCAGAUAUGAUUCUGGCUUUUCCCAAUCUUGAAGGACUAUAUGUAUCAGGAAACCAAAUAAGCGGAACUUUUCCUUCUUCAAUGUCUAAUCUCACUGAAUUGCAAAUAAUUGAUAUAGGAGACAAUUUUUUUAAUGGGCCAAUACCUCUUACUUUAGGUCGAUUAAAUAAACUUUACAGUUUUAAUAUUGUGAAUAAUAAUUUUGGAAGUGGGGGUGCUCAUGAUUUAGACUUCCUUUCUUCUUUAACCAAUUGUACUCAACUAUCAAGACUCCUUUUGGAUCACAAUAAAUUUGGUGGUAAGUUGCCUAACCUUAUAGGAAACCUUUCCAUCAACCUCAAACAAUUUAAGCUAGCAGAAAAUCAAAUAUAUGGAGUGAUACCUGAAGGAAUUGGACAACUAAUUGGUUUAACUUCCUUAGACAUGGGAAGCAAUUCCCUCGAAGGAUCAAUUCCAAAUUCAAUUGGAAAGCUUAAGAAUCUAGUAAGUUUGGUCUUGCAAGCAAACAAAUUAUCUAGUAACAUUCCCACAAAUAUUGGAAAUCUUACUAUCUUGUCUGAAUUAUAUCUUUCGGGCAAUAAAUUGGAAGGAAGGAUUCCAUUUUCCCUUAGAUAUUGCACCCAAUUGCAGAAAUUAAGUAUUGCUGAAAAUAAAUUGAGUGGUGAUUUACCAAAUCAAACAUUUAGUUAUCUAGAUGGUUUAAUAAAUAUUGUCUUGUCAAACAACUAUUUUACUGGUCCCAUUCCUUCAGAGUUUGGUUAUUUGAAGCAACUCUCAAUCUUGAGUCUUGAGUCAAAUCAUUUGUCUGGUGAAAUUCCUAAGAGUCUAGCUUCUUGCAUAUCAUUGAUAGGUCUUGGAUUGGGGAGUAACUUCCUACAUGGAAGUAUACCUUUGUUCUUGGCCUCUUUAAAAUCCUUAGAAGCCUUAGACAUUUCUCACAACAAUUUCUCAAGUACAAUCCCCUUUGAACUAGAAGAUCUGACAUUCUUGAAAAUUUUAGACUUGUCAUUUAACAAUCUGUGUGGUGAAGUUCCCAAAGAAGGUGUCUUUAGCAAUGCCACAAAGGUUUCACUGAUUGGAAAUAAGAACCUUUGUGGUGGGAUAUCUCAAUUGAAGCUCCCACCGUGUUUUAAGAAACCCUCCAAGAAACACAAAAGAUCUCUAAAAAAGAAACUUAUCAUCAUCAGUGUAUUUGGUGGGAUUUUGAUCUCUUUCGUAGCGUUUACAAUUGUCCAUGUUCUCACAAGAAAGUCCACAAAGUUACCUUCUUCGCCAUCUCUGCAAAAUAGGGCACUGAGAGUUACAUAUGGAGAGUUACAUGAAGCAACCAACGGAUUUUCUUCAUCCAAUUUGGUAGGAACUGGAAGCUUUGGCUCGGUUUAUAGAGGAUCUCUUCACAACUUUGAAAGACCUAUUGCUGUAAAGGUGUUGAAUCUUGAAACACGCGGGGCAGCAAAGUGUUUCGUGGCAGAAUGCAGUGCUUUAGGGCCAGGAAAUCAUAGUCUCAGCCUCACAAAAAGGGUGGACAUUGCUCUUGAUGUAGCUCAUGCUUUGGAUUAUCUUCACCAUGAUGAAGAUCAAGUUGUAGUACACUGUGAUAUUAAACCAAGCAAUGUUCUUCUUGAUGAAGAGAUGGUAGCUCACUUGGGUGACUUUGGCUUAGCAAGGCUGAUUCAUGGAUCCACAGGACAUUCAAGUAAAGACCAAAUUGACUCCUCAACAAUUAAGGGAACUAUAGGAUAUGUUCCUCCUGAGUAUGGAGCUGGUGGUCCGGUAACACUAGAGGGAGAUAUUUACAGCUAUGGAAUUCUCUUGUUGGAAAUGCUUACCGGAAAAAGACCAACAGAUAAUAUGUUUUAUGAAAAUCUUAGUCUACACAAAUUGUGUAAGAUGAAAAUUUCCGAAGAAAUUCUUGACAUUGUAGAUUCACGUUUGGUUAUGCUAAAUGUUGAAGAUGAGACAUGGAUUGUAGAAAACAACAUAAAGGAGUGUCUAGUGAUGUUUGCUAAAAUUGGAAUCGCGUGUUCUGAAGAAUUUCCUACUCAGAGAAUGCUCCCAAAACACGUCAUACUGAAGUUGCUUGAAAUUAAACACAAGUUAUCCCGCUAG